AUGGCGCCCUCCUCCGACGCAGACACACGAGUGCUCAACGAUUUGAUCACCUCAACCCUUGCACUACUGAGUCAGUUCACAGCAUCGCUUGCGGAAUCCGAUGCCACAACCAGGACGACAGAGGCCAUAUCCAACCCACCAAACCCAUUGACAGUUCUGAGCGACUCAGCAAAGCUGGUCAAAGCACACACGACCAAACUCAGCCUUCUGGCUAUCAAUAAGCCCUUCACUCCCACCGCCAUCACCAAGGUCCUCCAGGAACUCACAGCAACAUGUCUUCCAGCCAUGAUGAGCGCAGCGCAGAUCUGCGAGCAGGAGAAGGCGAUCUGGGGUAGCAUGAUGAGCAAAGAAGUGCAGCUGAGGGUCAGGCGAGUGUUCAGAGAGAUGGAGAUGCUACUCGGCGAGGUCCAGACGAUCGCACGCGGGAGUCAGAACGGCGGCAGGAGGGACAGUCUGAGCGCAACUGGCGUGGUGUGGGAGAGUUGCGAUGCGCUGGUUGAGCUGCACACUCUGGGCAUUGGCGGACUGGCGUUGCAAAAGGCGCAGCAGUAUCAGGAAACGAUCAAAGAUGCGCUGAACGAGCUACGUGAAUGGAAAGAAGGAGAAGAUCUGGACUCUGAAGGCCAGGUUGACCCUCUAGCGGACAGCGAUGACGAAGGUGUCUCUGGCGAUCGAGACUCGAUUGAGGAUAUGUUCAAUGCUGCAAAUAGCAUGCCAAAGGAUAGACCGGAGCUGCAGGCAUUGGUGGAUGAGGCAGAAGCGAAGUUGAAGAAGGUUGUGAUAUUGUAUCAGGCUUUUGCGAAGAGGCGGAUCAAGACGUUUAAGGGUGGACAGGAUGUUGGAGCACAAGCAGUCGUGAGGCUGGAUGAGCUGAUACUGCAUCUGAGGAGAAUGCCGCAUCAAGUCGACGAGCUGAUUGGCAACUUCUACGAGUUGCAGAUGGAUGAGGCGAAGCAAUCGCUUGACGAAGUCAUCGCGGAGGCGAGGAGUGCGAGUGAGGGCAUGUCGGCAGGCUGGAACGGACAAGAGGACGAAUUCACGCCUUGGCUGAGAAAGUGGAACGAAGCAAAUGUAACAUCACCUUACAACGCAGCCAUCACCACCCCCGCAAACCCCAACAUCGCCAUCCCCGUCACCGCCGGCGCACCAUUCCCCGACGUCGCUGAAGACGCAGCAGCAGCCGACGCGCUCGCACUCGAUGCCGCAGUAUUCGCAGUUGUUCCACCGGUAGUCCCAGCUGCUCCGCCCGUCGUCUUCGCGUUCGUCGAAGCCGUCACUGGGUUCGCCUUUCCCGUUGCCGCGGCGCAUGCAUUCGUCCCUGACAAGGUCGCCGUGAACGUCUCGCUGCUCGAGGAGAGGGCGGCGACGCAGACGUCGUUGGAGUAUUCUUGGACCUCUGUUGCACAUAUUAGCUCGGCAGUUCAACACUUGGGGGGUUUAUGGAGGGAUCGUACGCAUCAUCUCAGACAAAGUGCAUCCACCAUCCGUCCCCGCGUUCUCGCAGAUGCAGGGGAUGGCGCUUUCGCGGAUGGCUUUGAGGCCGCUGGUGCAUUGGCAGUAGUAGUCGGAGAUGCCGCAGUUAGUCUCGCUGGCGGCCUGUGGUGUUGGGGUUAG